AUGAGCGAUGAAGGACCACUGUUAGUGUACUACAACUACCAUUCAGUACCAAUUUCACAAGAGAAGAUCGAAAGUCUUAUUAAACACGUAGUAGUUAAAUUAUCGGCAGAAUUUGACAAGUUCUAUUUUUGUUGCGACGUCCGAGCAACACCGAAGGAUAUUACGGACUACGCAGAACACUUCCAGCAUGGAGAAAUCGCUCAUAUGUCACUAUCUACUGAAGGUUCCAUUGAAGAGGCUCUCUGUCAACGAAUGGUGUGGCAUGCAUCUACCAUUAGUGGAGCUCCUGGGUUGAUUGCUCUCGUUUCCGAUGCUGGUAACUACGGCCCGACAUUGACAGCCCUGGCUCGGGGCGGUUGGCGAAUAGCAAUAUUCCAUCCACCAGAGACAAGUUCGACCUUUCUAGACUACGCCGACGAGGCCUUCGCACUCCCGAUACAUCGAGAACAGAUCGAAGAGCAAGGUGUUGCUAAUCUACCGUACGUAUUGAACUUCCCGACGUUACCGCCACCUGCCCGAGAAGACUGCGCCAUCACCGCCAUGGCACAAGAUUUAAGACAGAAGUAA